CUAAAACAUUAAUGUAAAUAAACAGACUUUCUUGCUGGCAGCUUUCUUGUAGUCAAUCGUGUAAAAUAUGGAUCUAACAGCUACACUAGCUGCUCCCCAAAUUGUUCAGCAAGUUUGUCGGCUAUGCUUGAGUGAGGAAAAUCUGGAAGAUAUAAAAGCUAGACCAGAUCUACAACAAUGGAUCUCCGAUUACCUUUCGAUUACGGUAUCCUUGGGAGAUAAUAUUAGUCUUUCAAUUUGUUUUAGCUGUCGAAUGAGAGUGAAGGAAUUUCACGUCUUCCAACUUCGUUGUCGGGAAGUGCAAGAUAUACUGACAGCUAGUUUGAGUGCAGUGAAGCAGGUAUGGUUCAACUGUAAAGAUUGCGAUAAGAUGUUUCAAAGUAAGAAAAAACUACAAGAUCAUUUGCGGAUUCACAAAGGAAAAAAAUACAACUGCUCACAUUGUGGCAAAGGAUUUAUUAGACCUUCAAGUUUAGCAGAGCACCUAAGGGUUCACACUAGCCGAAAUGUUUAUCAAAAUGAUGCUGGUAAGGAACCAGAAUUGACAACAAACAGCGAACAUGUCAGCUGCGGUGAAAUAGAGUUUGCUUGCGGAAAGUAUCAUAGAGGGUUAAAAUAUAAGAAACAGCUGAAAAAUCAUAUAUCAGGUGGCAGCAAUGUCUCAUUAUCAAAAGGAAUAUGGUUCGAUUGUGACUAUUGCGAAAAGGUUUUCCCAAGUAAGAAAAAACUACAAGACCAUUUGAGGAUUCACCGGAGGAAAAAAUAUAAAUGCUCCUAUUGCGACAAAGGAUUCAUUAGACCUUCAGGUCUAGCAGAACACGUAAAGAUUCACACUAAGGAAUAUAAGAGCGGCAAACAAGAUUGGAGUGUGGCGAAGUUUGCUUGUGGAAUAUGUGACAGAAAGUUCAAAUAUGAGCAACAACUGAAAAAUCAUUUGAGGCACGACCAUGGGCCAAAAGGAUACAAAUGUUCUGUUUGCAACGAGGCUUUUAGGACAGAGCGUCAAAUGAGAACACAUUCUGCCACUCACAACAAAUUGAUUUCUGAAUCAUAUAUUAAGGAAUCAAGUCAAUCUUAUAAUGAGAACAACAAUGAAGAUGCUGUACACUCGCUAGAUGUUUAUAAGAACAAAAUUGAAAAACUGGUAGAUAAUCAAACGACACAGAUCAAAUUUGAAGCGCAACAGCCAAUGUAUCAGGAAUACGAGGAAACAGAACAGAUGAGGAGCACUGAAGACCUAUUUGAAGCAGAGGACAUCAAAAUUGAACUACUGUCGGAUGAUGGAGAUGAAACGCAAAUUAGUAAAAGCAUUUUGAAUUGAAUUCCAUGGAACUCGAUGGAAAAUACAAUUUAAAUGAUCAAAAACCACCCGGUCAUAAGAAUCAUAAGUGCUUUCCAAUAAGAACAAUAAGACAUCUCUUAAAAACAAUUUUAUAUCUUGCUAUGUGAACAGAGUCAUUCGAAGAUUAUAGAAUUGUCUUUUUUAAGUUUUUGGUUCAAAUUUGGGAAAUAAGACAAGUAUAUAAAUAAAAAGGAAUAAAACUCAA